AUGGCGCCUGAGGUUAUCGACCUGCUUUCAAGCCCAGAGGUGCAGCCUCAAAGGCUACCAAGACCUGCCCAGAGACAUACAGGACCCACGGCACAACCAAGAGCGAUAGGUCUCGACGGGGAUGAGUUCCAGGACAUUGAUGAUGUUCUCGGUGGCGUAAACAAUAAGCCAACGACUCGAGCUGCCAUUUCCAAAAAGAGCCCGAAGAAAAGCAACGACGUCAUUAAAAAUGACAAGCCGCAACGGCACAAGGACGGAAAUGAUUAUCUGUUUCUCGCAGAUGACUUUGACACAACAGGCGACCUCGACUUUGAUCUUCCUAGAAACAGCAAAGCCUCGCCCAGAACAACUGCAAGAACUUCCACGAACCGCUCCAUGGCGCGCACAUCGUCCGCGGUGCUCCCAGCAAAGCCCUCCGGUUCCGGGUUGAAGCGAUGGCAUUCAAUUGCAGAUCCUAUCCAGCAUACCAGCUCUCCAGUCGAUCUCGGCGAUGAUGACCCAUUUGAUUCCAGCCCGCCACCAGCAAAAUCCAACAAAGGAAAAGAGCCUCAGAGGAGCGGCUUGUCGGAAGAUAUGACUGCGAACAAGCGAACCAACACGGCGACCACCAACGUCUUCGAUCUCACGAGUGAUUUUUCAGACUACUCGCCGGCCCCAACACGAAAGAACAAGGGCAAGCAGAAAGCCAAUUGGGAUCCGAUCUCUAGCUCGAUGCCAGAAACGAACACAGCUGCUAAUGAUAGGAGGGCAUUCUCAAGUUCACCUGCCAAAGCAGCCAAAAGAAAGAUGGGCGUCAUAGAGCUGGAGGAUUCGGAUUCGGAUGAUUUACCGGAGUUGAGCAAGAUACGCACCGACGGCCCGAGACUCUCACGCUCACUUAGCGAAUCACCCCGAAAUCUGAAGCGAUCAAAGACAACAUCGACCGGCUCAAGCACGAAAAGACCUGCCCCGAAGACACAAGAAGAAAAGGAUCUCGAAAAGAGACGCAAGACGCAGGCUAGGGAAGUCGAGAAUGAGCGUAAACGCCUCGAGAAAGAGCGCGCCAAGAGAGAGAAAGCUGUGCAGAAGGAAAGGGACAAGGCACUGGCAGAGGUCAACAAGAUUCGCGUUAAUAAGGCGGAUGCUCAGGUCGAGAUGAUUGUCGAUAUACCCCAGUCCUUUGAUGUAGGAUUGAAUGCGCAAGUCGUCGAGCUACUCAACGAGCACAGUAUUGCCCAUUCGACUUGGGACAGCCCUGUAGACAAGGCUGUUCGAUGGCGACGGAAGGUGGACAGAAAGUUCAACGAAGAGAAGGAGUACUUUGAGCCGAUUCCCCUGCGAAUUGUGCAAGAGAAACAUGCUCUCGUUGUUGUCCAGGCCAAAGAGUUUGUCCAGCUCGCGACCAACAAGGAUGGAGGCGGUCUUGGAGAGCAUGUACUGAAGAUGAGAGUCGCGUUCCCCGACAGUGAUAUCAUUUAUCUGCUCGAGGGGAUUGAUCAGUGGUUCAGGAAGAACAAGACAGCUCGCAAUCGGCAAUUUCAGAAUGCCGCUCGCAACGACGCCAAUACAGCAGCAGCUCAAGGCCGCUCUAAAAAGGCCACGCAUGAAAUUGUUGAUGAGGAAGUCAUUGAAGAUGCUCUCUUGUCACUCCAGGUCGAUCACGGAGUCAUGAUCCACAAGACGGGCGCGCCAGUCGAAACGGCACAGUGGAUCACGGUAUUUACCCAGCACAUCUCUACGAUACCUUACCGGAAGCGACGCGAUGAGAUCUCUAGAGAUGCCGGCUUCAGUGUCGAGUCUGGCCAAGUCAAGACCGGCGAGAAUGCUCGGGAAACAUAUAUUCUCAUGCUACAGGAGAUUGCUCGUGUUACUACAUCCAUGGCCAUUUGCAUUGCAGAGGCGUUUCCAACAGUCACGGACUUGGUGAGAGGCUUGGAACGGGAUGGAGCCCGGGCGCUCGAGAAUAUCAGAAAGAGCACAAACAGCAAUGGUCAUAUAACGGACCAGAGGAUCGGCCAAUCCGUCAGCAGACGCCUAUUCAAGAUCUUUACGGGCAGGGAUCCUUUCAGUAACGAGGUCUAG